AAAAAAAUACAAUCGUCCAUAACAAAUUAAACUUUCCUAACCAGUCGAAAAACCGGUCACCCUAACCCUCACGGCCUCACCUCUGUUUUGUCUUCUGCCUCUUCUCGUGCUUUCUUAUUCCGUUCGCCUUCGCCCUGAGCCACCGUCGCCGUGCUCGGCUUGGCCGUCUGCCUCUGCGUAUUCUGGUCAAUCUGGUGAUCCGGUGACUAGUAGUCUGACUGAUAACUAUGUUCCUAGCUGUAGAAGGAGAGGCUCGCGUGAAGUUCGAGUCUUUUCGCUUCUGAGCAAGCACGAAAGAAAUCACUAAUCACGUUUGAGAAGAAGCCAACAUUUUGCCUCUUGCAGUGGUUCUUGAAACAAGGAUGUCAUCACCGGCUCAUUCAUCUGUGUCAACCACCGCGGUUGUUGGUGGAGGCGGCGGCGGAGGUGGCAGUAGCAGCAAUGCCGCACUUUCCAUUGACGAUUUCCAUUUCCCCUUUGACCCCAUUUCAACGCACGAACAGAAGGACGAUGCCAUGAUAGUGUUGAAGAAGGAUCUCAUGGCUGCUCUUGACAAGGAGGUUAAAGCCUUGGAUGAAGACAACUGGAAGUUUGAAGGACCACGUUCCCGGAUCCACCUCGUAUCACAUCGAGAUAGUAUAAUGAACAUUUCCCUUAUCUACGGCCUGAGUCACUGACACUCUGUUCCUGCUGUAGGCAACUAUCGAUGUCAACCCACAGAAGCUUCAAAGAAUUGGAGUUUGACUCAACCAAAAUAGUUGGAUAUCAGCACUGCGCCUCUGUUUUUGAGAUCAAGUGAUUAUGUUGGUGAUCUGCAGAUAUUAUGCAAGUGACUUUUUUUUGCCUCUUGGUUUUUUCUUGGAUAGAACACAGCUGCUAUGCCACAACUUCUGGUAGUAUAUAGUCUUGAGGAGCUCAUCACAAACAAGAUUCUUUUCAUGCAAGAUUUUGUUACAAUUUCCCUCUAUCGCACCCUUGCUCUAUUUGGACGUCAAUGUUUGUCAGUGCACAUCAUUUUAUAUUUAAUGCCUUGUAUUUAUUGUUACAAACAAUUAGAGAGAAGGGAAAGCUGCAUGGUGUAUAAUACUGUAAGUGGGUUAAAUGUUGUGCCUUAUGCUGGCCUUGUAAUUUGGUAAUGGGAUGAUUUUGAUGCUAAUGUUAAUGUUAGUGUUAUAUGAAUCCAGUAUUGGUUGCUCCCAUGUGGUAGUUUUUCUAGUAGUUAGAGAAUGUUGUAUCAUACUUUCAAGUUUGGUAAUGUUGCUCCCUAGUUUUGGAGGAUCAGUAUUCAAUGGUUAUUGACAAUUUGGCUGUUCCAACA